AUGUCUUCCCAAGUUUGUUCAAUUCCUGCUUCAAGUCAUGAUACAAUGUCCAACAACGAAAAUCGGCAUUUGGCCUAUUUUCGUCCUAACAUUUGGGGGGAGCUUUUCCUCUCUUGUCCUUCCCAAGUGAAUAUGGAUGCUACAACUCAGCUACGAUUUGAAGAAUUGAAGCAAGAAGUGAGGAGAACGUUGGCCACACCCACGGAUAAACCUUCCCAAAAAUUGCACCUAAUUGAUGUAGUCCAGCGUUUAGGUGUGGCUUACCAUUUUGAGAAAGAGAUUGAAGAUUCCUUAGAAACUAUAUAUCAAGAUUGCAAUGUUGAGAGAGAUGAUGAUCUCCACAGUACAGCAGUUCGAUUUCGAUUGCUUAGAGAACACGGGUUUAAUGUUCAUUGCGAAUCGUUCAACAAGUUCAAAGACGAGAAAGGGCAUUUCAAGGCAUCCUUAAUUAGUGAUGUGAGGGGCUUGCUAGAAUUGUAUGAAGCUGCACACCUGCGAGUGCAUGGAGAAAGUAUACUUGAAGAAGCUCUUGCUUUCACGUCCUAUCACCUAAAGUCGGCAGAAACUAUGGUAGAGCAUCCUCUCUCGACACAAAUUAAUAAUGCGCUAAAGAGGCCCCUGCGCAAGAGCUUGCCGAGGUUGGUUGCCAGGAGCUACAUUUCCAUAUACGAAAGAUAUGUUACGCAAGAAGAUACUUUAUUGGAAUUUGCAAAGUUAGACUUCAAGUUGUUACAGCAUUUGCACAAGAACGAGAUAAAAGAGGUGUAUAGGUGGUGGAAAGGCUUAGAUGUUGCAAAGAAUUUUCCUUUUAUACGAGAUAGAUUGGUCGAAUGUUACUUGUGGAUGUUGGGAGUGUACUUUGAACCCCACUAUUCCCUUGCUAGAACGUUCUUGACCAAAGUAAGCGCGCUGACAUCAAUUUUGGAUGAUAUAUAUGAUGCAUAUGGCACACGUGAAGAACUCAAAAUCUUUACAAAUGCAAUUCAGAGGUGGGAUAUCAGCUGCAUAAAUCAACUUCCACACUACAUGAAAGUAUGCUAUAGUGAACUUUUAAGUGUUUAUAAAGAAAUGGAAGAAUUGAUGACCAAGCAAGGGAAAUCAUACCGUGUCCAACUUGCCAAAGAAGCGAUGAAACAACAAGUUCAAGCCUACUAUGCUGAGGCCAAAUGGCUCGAUGAAAAUUACACGCCAAAGAUGGAAGAGUAUAUGGCUGUUGCAUCAGUAACCUGUGGUUGUCAUAUGCUUACAAUUACAUCUUUUGUUGGCAUGGAAGAUGCCAUAACAAAAGAGACCUUUAUUUGGGCAUAUAAUUACCCGAAGAUUCUUAGAGCUUCAACAAUAAUUUCUAGGCUGAUGAACGAUAUUGUCAGUCACAAGUUUGAGCAAGAGAGAGGGCAUGUCGUCUCAGCCGUCGAGUGCUACAUGAAACAAUACGGGGUAUCAGAGCAAGGGGCAUACAAUGAGUUUGACAAGCAAAUUAAGAAUGCCUGGAAGGAUAUAAACCAAGAGUUCUUGAAGCCAACAGUAGUUCCAAAGCCAGCUCUUAAUCGAAUUCUCAACCUUACACGGGUAAUUGAUCUCCUUUACAAGGACGAAGAUGCGUAUACAAAUGCUGGGGAAGCAGCAAAAGCUAGCAUCACAUCCUUGUUGAUUGAUCAGAUCCCAAUUUGA